AUGAUUGCCAAGGACGUACGAGAACGCUUGGCGAUCAUCAUUCCCCUGACCCUUGCCUUCUUCUUCGCUUGGAGUUUCCGUCUCUUUGGCUUCCGCGAUGCCGUCCUUGCUGUCCUCUCUGGGUCCGUCUCGCCGACAUCACCACUCAAUCCCCUCAGCGAGGCCGCUUUCGUCCGGCAGGCCAUGGCCGUCGAGUUCCCAGCGCCCAUCGACUACGGGCCCAUCCAAGAGGUCUGCUCCCGGACGCCCUUCCGACCAGGGCUGGUCUUCACCUGCGAGGGCCAGCAUGGCGGCAUCGGCAUGCUGCGCAACCAGAUGCUCAAGUGCAUCCGCUACGCCAUCCAUGGCGGCGGCGCGCUCGUCGUCCCGUCCAUGGCCGUGCGCAACAAGAACGACCUCAAGGACAUUGAAACGGCCACCGAGCUGCCGCUCGACUACCUGCUGGAGCGCGCCACCUUCAAGAAGCAUCUCGCGGCGGGCUGCCCCCAGAUGCGCCUCUAUGACCGCGUCGAAGACGUGCCGUACUACACCCGCCAGCGCCAGGGACCGCCGCUGCCGCUGCUGGGCGACCAGUUCGAGCCCGACCACCCGCGCACGGGUCUCCGCCACCCGCGUGCGUGGCGCCACGACUUUGACGCCUGGCUCGCCGGCCAGCACAUCCAGCUGCGCGCCGACCGCCCGGUGCACAUCCAGAUGGAGCAGUCGUUCCUCGAGUACCCCGUGCGCGACGACGGCGACGCCUUUGUCCACGAGUUUGGCAAGAUUUUGUCGUUCCGCAACGACACGCGCGAGCUGGCCGCCCAGGUGCUGUACGCCCUGCGCACGCGCUUCGCGCUGCCCAUCGACCCGGCCGUCGCCAUCAACACGGGCGCCUACUACGGCGCGCACCUGCGCCUCGAGUCGGACGCCAUCUGGGCCUGGCCGCCGGACCAGUGGCGCUUCUCGCGCAUGCGCGACCAGUUCGACGAGCAGUACCGCAACAUACAGCGGACCGGCCUGCAAACCGUCUACGUCGCCUCGGGCAACCAGACCGUCGUGCAGCUGUUUGCCGCGUAUCUCGAAAAGCGCAUCGCCGCCGACCCGGCCGCGCGCGUGCGCAGCGUCGGCGUCGUGACCAAGCAAGACCUGCUGUCGGCCGACGACCGGCGCCGCCUGGCCGCCAUGACCUUUGACCAGCAGGCGCUGGUGGACUUUAUGGUCAUGUUCAAGGCGAGCGCCUUCAUGGGCGUGGCCCACUCCAGCUUCCCAUGGAAUGUCGCGCUGCGGCGGCACGAGCUCAGCCGGUUCCCUGCCUAUGCCAACGAGGGCUCGGACCUGCUCCGCGACGAGUUCAGCGUCAUCAUGGGCAUGGCCGCCGACUACCCAUAUGUCGACUCGUUUGUCACGAGCAUAUGGCCGUAA